GUCCACACCCCACUACCGGGGCAUCAUUGCCAUCUCCCCCGAAGGCCUCACCGCCGCCAACAGGAAGAAAUGCCACCUCCAUCGCCGCUCACACCCGUCCAACUCCAGCUCCUCCGCGACGACAGCGACCUCCUGCACCUACUCACGCACCGCAACAAGAACCAGCACCGGCUGCUAAAAUGGUGGCAAUGGCUGAGCACGCUUCGGCGGCACCUUCGCAAACUCCUUGCCGAGCACGACGCGAUCACGGCCGCAAAGACUACGCCGAACCGGAAUUCCGCGCUGGCGAAGUUUAAAGACCGCCUAGGAUUUAUGCGGAAGGUGGUGGUGCCGAACGCGUACGACGCGUUCGGGAGUGUGGUGGGGAUGAAGAACUUUGCGACGUUGGGGUUGGUGCUCAUGGGCGUGUUGGCUAGGGUGAAAGAGGAGAAGGAGGCUAUGGCGAGGGUACUGGCGCUGGAGGAGGAGAAUGCGGCGGAUGAGUUGGGUGUGGUGAUCCCGCGAGAGGAGUAUGCCGGUGGAGACGAUGAUGGUGGGACAAUCAUCGACCGAGCGGAAUACGACAGGCUAGCGGCAUCUCGGGAGGGAAGUGAUAAUACAGGCAAAGAAUAUGGGGACAGGGAGAGAAAGAAAGCUCCCUCUGAAAUGAAGCCAGGAGAUGCAUCAACAAAAGGCCAAUCACUGCCAAUACGAACCCAGUCACAGGCGAAGGCAUCAGAGCUCUCAGCUCCGGCUGAGAGGGUCAAGAAGACGCCAAAGGAAAAUAAUAAAACUGCGGUCAAGCGGAAAUCGGACGCGACGGAACCAGAAAAGAAAAAGAAGAAGAAGAAGAAGGCUGAUGAUAUCGACGAUCUCUUCAGCGGUUUGUUCUAGGUUGCUAUGCAGCAUUCGGAAAGGAUGAUAUUCUCGCGAGACAUUCCCGGUUCCAAGCAUGGUUUAUCGGUGAUGUCUAAAGGUGUGUUUCUGUAUAUAUAUUAUGCCGUUCUGGGCAGUUUGGCCGCGAAGGCACCGGCUUGGUGUGGUGGAACUGGUGCCAAAUGGUGACUUGGAAUCUCU